GACCACAUCUUUUCGAGCGUGGGAGGAGCAUUGUUCAGGAAGAAAGGAAUAAAUCAGUGACAGUAAGAGGGUCUUGAAACAGAAAGCUGGCAGCUUCUCAUCACCUCCUCUUUGUCAAGAUGAAACCCGUUGACGAGGCUGAACUCUGCUUUCCACAGCUCCUCAACUCCUCCUGCAGGAAGACCAUGCGUCCUCACUCAGUGUCCAUGCUCAUUUACAUCAUACUGUCCUGCAUCUCUCUGUUCACUGUGACUCUUAACCUGCUGGUCAUCAUCUCCAUCUCACAUUUCAAGCAUCUCCACAGCCCCACCAACCUCCUCCUCCUCUCCCUGGCUGUCUCUGAUUGCUUUGUGGGACUCCUCGUAGUCUUUCAAAUUCUGCUCUUAGAUGGCUGCUGGUAUUUCGGUGACCUCAUGUGUGUUCUGUAUUAUAUUUUUGACUAUGUGAUUACCUCUGCCUCAAUAGGGACCAUGGUGCUCAUCUCAGUUGACCGCUACGUGGCUAUUUGUUAUCCUCUGCAUUAUCCCAGCAAAGUCACGCUGCAAAGAGCAAAGAUCUGUGUUGCACUAUGUUGGAUAUGUGCUGCUCUCUGUCACUGUCUGAUACUGAAAGAUAACCUGAAACAGCUAGGGACAUAUAAUUCCUGUGCUGGGGAGUGUGUGAUUGUUCUACAUUAUGUAGCUGGAUAUGUAGACCUGUUUUUGUCCUUCAUUGGCCCUGUCACUGUCAUUAUAGGGCUGUACGUGAGAGUAUUUGUAGUUGCUGUGUCUCAGGCUCGUGCCUUGCGCUCUGAUAUCACAGCCUUCACGCCGCAGGGCUCACUCAAUGUAGCCGUUAAGAAAUCUGAGAUGAAAGCAGCCAGGACUCUAGGUGUUGUUGUAGUUGUGUUUCUAAUAUGUCUCUCCCCAUAUUUUUGUGUUACACUAACGGGUCAGGAUGUUUUGCUCAAUAGUACAUCAAUGGCCUUUGUGAUAUGUCUGUUCUACUUCAACUCCCUCCUCAACCCUCUAAUCUAUGCUCUUUUCUACCCCUGGUUUAGGAAGUCUAUUAAACUAAUCAUUACACUUCAGAUACUGAGGUCUGAUUCAUGUGAUGCUCAAAUAAUGUAGAGAAACAUCACAAGAUCCUUACCAUAAACAAGUAAAUACAUUUGAUUAAAAAUUUAAAAUCCGUUAGGUGCAGCAUUAAGAAAACUAACUGUGCUUAAACUACUGUACUUGUAUUGAAGUUGCCAGUUUUCAGCUUCACACUGUGCAACACAAAUAUUCUCUCAAAUUAAAGAACAUAGUGUCUGCUUAGAAAAGUAGCUUCUAGAACAGCGACGUUGCUGUCAGGUAACUCCCAGUGUCUCUAGAUGUUCACCUUUCAGUCUGAGGAGAAGCCGUCUGUUGAAGCCUUUCAAUGUCUAGCUGUGCCAGCAGUUUCUGUCUAUUAAUGACAGAGGUCUGGAAUCAUGUUGUUUUCUUGUACUUGAGGAGUAAAAUAAUUUUGCACAAAGAUCAAUAAAUGAAGUGGAAAUAUCUCCUUUUGAUCUGCAACUAUUUCCAGACACUAAUGAUGAGAGACAGAGCUAAAGAAGUAAUACUAGUUCAGGAUUUACUCAGAUUAUUAUGUCAGUAGGUACUGUGUCUCUAGCUUCCAAAGCUUUGUACAUGACUGUUUGUGCCAACGAUCCUUUUGAUUUUAGGAAGUUUGAUGUCCUCCAUAUCUGGAUAUAUGACAACUCUUUCAAAAACAACAAUAAUAAUAAUAAUAACAUACACAUGCUAAUAACAUAAUUCCUAAUAUUAAAUGGUUAUUGUAAAUUAGGGUUGC